AUGUCUUUUGAAUUUUUGACUGAUUCUUCAGACGAUGCAGGCCUACUCAGAGGAAUCUUUUUUCCUCAUCUAUUUUCGUCACUGGAGAACCAUUUAAACUCAAAUAACCCCAUAAAUACAACAAGUUCAGAAAUCCCCAUUGAACCAGCAGUUGGUUUUUUCCUUUCACAGCUACCAAGCUCGAGCAGCGAUAUCUCUUAA